GUCCUCAUAAAAUGUCAGGCGUUCGUUCUUUUGCAAAAAUAUCCUUUUCAAAUUGCGUUCUACAACUUGAGAUUUUCAGUAAAGAAACUUGCAAACCUAUUGCGGUCAUACAAAGACAUCUAUUCUUGAGUCUUGGGGUUUGAAAUAGACCCGAAGCUGAAAAAGAAGCGAAAUAUUUUCGUUUGUUUUUCGAGGUGCCCGUCUCAAAUUGGCCCGGAGCUUGCGGUUUGGUCGAAAACUCAAGCUUUUUUAUCGCUUUUUUGGCGAUAUUAGGUAGAGCAUGGCUUCAGUUCAAAACAAUCAGUACCCACGUUUCAACCUCCAUCGACGAUCACAACCAAAUGGUAGCGUUCAGAAGUACCAACCUCGGCGAUAUAUGUCCAAUGUUGUACCAUUUGGCCAAGAGGGUAAUUGGCCUAGGUUCUCACCCGCUAACCUGCCGCACAUUCCCUCAACAUUGAAUGUAAGCCGAGGACGUAAACGUAGGGUCUCUGAGUCCACACCUGGUUGGCAUCCGGAUCCAAAAAAGAAGCGGCCGGCGUCAGAGGGAGACGUAUCUACAGCAAGAGCGUUACAUUUUAGUCCAUUUGUCGCCCCACCCAAACCACUAAUGAAGGGUGAAGAGAGAAGCUUGAAAAGGCUGAGCCAACAGAUUUUGGAUGACUAUCUCGCCACAAGACAAGCUCCCUUUCGUUAUGAGCAAAAACUACACUUAAGAGAUUACCUGUUGUCCAUUUUUAGAACAGCAUUUCCAGAAUGUUCUUUGCAUAUCUGUGGCUCAACUUGCAAUGGCUUGGCAACUAAUGAGAGCGACAUUGACUUGUGCUUACUAAUUUCUGAAAAAAGACCGAUUGUUCAAAGAUAUGAAGCCAUAAAGAUAUUACAUCAGCUAAAUGGGAUGUUGAAACGAUCUGCAUACCUUCAAAAAUGUCAUGUUAUUCAAGCCAAAGUACCCAUUCUAAAAUUUAGAGAUACUAAAAGUCAAUGUGAAUGUGACAUUAACAUCAACAAUACUGUAGGAAUCAAGAAUACCCACCUAUUACAAGGCUACUGUGGUUAUGACUGGAGAGUUCAACCUUUGAUAAUGAUUGUGAAGAAAUGGGCAAAGAGACAUGGCAUAAAUGAUGCAAGCAAAGGAACAUUAUCAAGUUAUUCCAUUGUUAUGAUGGUCCUACAUUAUUUACAAGACCCAUGUAAACCAGCAGUGGUUCCAAGUCUCCAGAUAGCCUACCCGAACAUCUUUGAUGAGUCACGGAAUAUCUACGAUCUCUCUCUUGAGAACCCCACUGUAAGAAUUAUCCAUAAUAGUUCAAACAAUCACGGGACACUGGGGGAGUUGUUGCUUGGGUUCUUUCAGUAUUAUGCUGAACAAUUUAAUUGGAAUGAUGAUGUUAUCAGCGUAAGACAGGGCAAUAAAUAUCCCAAGGACACAUCAAGAGUUUGGCAUAAAAAAUUUAUUUGUAUUGAAGAACCAUUCGAUUUAAGUUGCGUCACUCGGGCAGUUCACUCAAAGGACAAGUUUGAGGCGAUCAAGCAGAGAAUUAAGAUAGCGUAUUAUACUUUAACAGUCUCGCCUUUCUUGGAAAGCAUCAUGUCUGGGGCUUAGGACAUUCUUUCUCGUCAGAAUUUAAAAUUUCGGCAGAGAAUCUGCAAUCGUUGCGUUCGGAAUUGGCGUGGGUGUUCUACCGUUUCGUGACCCAUUGAAUUCGUUGCGUUUUUACGAGACCCGUUGCGUUCAUCCGCUAAAUUGGAAUGCCGUAUUUGACCAAAUCACGUGCCAAUCUGCAUACUGAGAAAUUACAUUUGAAAAAAAUGGGAAAAAGCGGUCGAAAUUAUUCGAGACUUCAAGUGACUCGGAAAAAGAACGUAAUAAAAAUUGGAAAUUGAAAAGAGUAUUUUAAUGAAACUUUAUAUAGAAAUAUUUAUGGAAAAUUCUAAGAAAAUAUUGUGUGAUAUAUAUAUUGGAAAUAAUCCUGGAACUUACAAGCACUUUAAGUGUAAAAAUGCGUACGAAGUUGCCUUUGCUCUAAGAGAACUUGGCAUCGUUUAGUCGUGAAAGCUCUUACGAUAAACCAAAUUCAGAGACUUUGACAAAAAGACAAAAAGAAGUAGAGAUUUUUUGUAAAUAAAGAUGUAUUUUUGUAGUUUAGGACAUGAUCCGCACUGCUGUUUCUUGUGUGAAAUUGGAAUUAUUGGGUUUUGUUGUUCCAAUCAUAUCCAUUCGUUGUUGUAGAAACUUUUACCCUUUAAUAAGUGAUUGAUUUAAACUAGGAUCUAUUCUAAAAGAUGGCUCUAUCAUCGCCUACCCCGGUAUGAAAACUGGUUGUUUAAAAUCUAACCAAGAUUUUAGGCCAAAAAGAAAGAUUUUCUACAAAAUCUUCUUCUCAAACGUGACCAAGGCGGGCUUGCUCAAUGAA